AUAGAGCAGAGGAAACUGCUUUCAACGUGCCAAAGACUCUCUUUUUUUCCGGUUUUCUCAAUCUGAUCAAUGAUUUGAAUGAGAAUAAAUUUUCUUGGUAGUGGCAGGUGCGGAGCACAUCACAAGAAAAUGUCUUGCUUCGUGGAACCGUCUCAGACUUGGGUUCCAAUUAUAGCUGUAGAAGAGACACCUCCGGAGAUUCAUCGAGUUAGGCGGUGGAUCGAUGAGCAGAAAACUAGGCAAGGCAGUUGCCAUAUCAACGGAGAAAUAAAAAUCGAGGAUGCUGUCUUGGAAGAAAUCCAAGGAGCGGUCUUGAAGAGCAACGAAAUCUACCAGGGCGAAAAAAAACGCAGCACCAUUUAUCGAGUGCCAACUGAAAUCUAUUCAUUCCAUGAAGAAGACUACAAGCCGAAAGCCGUCUGCAUCGGCCCCUUCUUCUACGAAAGCAGAUGUCAACAACAUCUGAAAUCCAUGCAAAAUUAUAAUGUCUGACGAAGAUGAAGGAACUGGAAGUAUGCGUUCGGAGCAGUUAUUCAGAGGCGUUUCCUUCCUUAACAUCCAAGGCGUUUACACUGAUGCUGAUGCUGGACGGCUGCUUCCUCCUUCGGCUCCUGCAAAGGCAUGCUGCUGAAAAAACAGAAGUUGAUGAUGACGAUGCAAGGCAAGUUGUCGGCAGAUUGUGGAUCUGGAACUUGGUGAGGUAUGAUCUGCUAUUGCUUCAAAAUCAGAUCCCUUUCUUCGUCAUCCAGAGCUUAUAUGACUUACUUAAGCCCAACGACAAUAUCAAUCUUGUGGACUGUGCAAUCAAUUUGUUCAGUAUUCUUGAUCCCUGCAGAAAAAAGGAACAACCUAAAUUCUAUAUCCCGGUGAAAGAUGUUCACCAUUUGCUCCAUUUGAUUUACUUAUCUGUUCUCCCAUGCCCACAAGAUUGCAAGCCAACUCCCCAGCCACAAUCGCCACAGUGGAUCCCUAGUGCGACAGAGCUCCGAGAGGCUGGAAUCAAGUUUAAGAAGAGGGAGAACGCAAGAGGCUUCCUCAGCUUCUUGGACGUAAAGUUCUACGAUGGAGUGAUGGAAAUCCCCCAAAUAAAGGUACAUGAUUACAGUGUCAGCUUGUUUCGAAACCUUAUUGCCUUUGAACAGUGUUACGCAGACACGGAAUGCCACAUAACAGUUUAUGCUGCCUUCAUGAAUUUCCUGAUCAACACCGAGAAGGAUACAAGGUUGCUACAUCUGAAUGGAAUUCUCAUCAACAGCUUGACCGUUGACAAAGAUGCAAAACAUUUUUUUAGCCGCCUUUGCAAUGAAGUCCACUAUGCACAAGAUACGAACUACCUUAGAAAAUUAUUUCGUGAUGUGAACGAGUACCAUGGUUCCAAGUGCAAUCAGUGGCGUGCAUACUUUGUCCGAAACUAUUUCAGCAAUCCAUGGUCAUUUAUUGCACUACUUGCCGCUGCUUACGGCCUUUUGCUCGCUACCAUCCAAGCUAUUCAUGCUUUCUUCCGUUAAUUCUUUAAGGAUGCUUCAGCGUUAAUGUUUAAGUUCUUCUUCUGUUGUUUUGUUUUGGAAUAUGCAUGGUGUGAUGCGUCGUCUGUGUAAAAGCUUGGUAGUCUUCGAUUGUAAUCUUACAAGACUUUGUGCUUGUACUUUUCGUUAUUUCAAUAAAUUGGGUGAGCAACCCAUCCCUAUUUCUCAAAA